AUGACCGAAAACCAUGCGCGCAUCUCCCCCGCGCUGGUCGAGACAAUUGCUGGCCUCUCGGCCGGUACAGCCUCUACUCUAGCCGUCCAUCCCCUCGAUGUUAUCAAAACGCGAUUGCAAAGUACUUUACCCCCCACUCCCCAUCUGAGCCAAUCUCUAACAUCACCAGUCCACCGCAGUACAUCCCACACUCCAGCCAGCGGCCUCACCAUCCUUCGCAGUCUAACGCAACAACCUCAACCUCUGCACAGUCUCUACCGCGGCCUAACCCCCAACCUCAUUGGAAAUGCCAGCAGCUGGGCCCUCUUCUUCUACUUCAAGAAUAUCUUCGAAAACUCAUUACGAUCAUUCCAUAACCAACCCUCGCAUUCCAAUUAUGCAUCACUUACCCCCCUCGACUAUUUCCUCGCGUCCGGGUCCGCGGGCAUCAUGAUCACCAUCUCCACAAAUCCAAUCUGGGUGCUCAAGACCCGCAUGCUGAGUUCGGAUCGCGGGAGUGCGGGCGCAUAUCAGAGUAUGUGGCAUGGCGCAAGACAUGUGUGGCAAUAUGAGGGAAUACGGGGGUUUUAUCGGGGUGUGGGUGUUAGUCUCCUGGGCAAUAGUCAUGGUGCGGUACAAUUUGCAGUCUAUGAACCCUUGAAAAAUUUCUGGCGGAAUCAUAUUUCGGGGCAGACUUUGAGAGGUGAUAGAGAGAGUUCUCAGGUGAAGCUGGGGAAUACGGCUACGCUUCUAUUAAGUAGUUCGGCGAAGAUUAUUGCGGGGACGGCUACGUAUCCGUAUCAGGUUGUGAGGAGUAGGUUGCAGACGUAUGAUGCGGAAGAGAGGUUUGGGAGGGGAAUUAGAGGGGUUGUGGGAAAGGUUUGGAGGGAAGAAGGGUGGAAGGGGUUUUAUAGGGGUUUGGGGACGAAUGUUGUGAGGGUUUUGCCGGCUACUUGGGUUACGUUUUUGGUGUACGAGAAUGUUAGGUUUUAUUUGCCACGGAGGUGGAGUGGGAUGCAGGAAGAAUAA